AUGGCAGAAAGCAAGCUCUCCGUUUGAAAAUCACUGAGGCACUUCCAUUUGUUGUGUUUCAAACAGCUGACACUUCAAUCGUCCCCUAAUUUUAAUCAGCACGUGAGGGACCACGCCAGGACCAGUGACCAACUCAGCCGACGUCAUAUCCGUGUCUACCAGCUCUACAGCCGGACCAGUGGGAAGCACGUCCAGAUCCUGGGCAAGAGGAUCAACGCAACGGCGGAAGAUGGGAGUAAAUACGCGAAACUGCUGGUGGAAACGGACACGUUUGACAGUCGAGUGAGAAUCCGGGGAGCAGAGACUGGGCACUACAUCUGUAUGAACAGAAAGGGGAAACUGGUGGGAAAACUGGUUGGAAAAGGGAAGGACUGCAUCUUCACGGAAAUACUGCUGGAAAAUAACUACACGGCACUGAGGAACACCAAGUACGAUGGGUGGUACAUGGCCUUUACCCGGAAAGGCCAGCCCAGGAAGGCGACAAAGACCAGACAGAAUCAGAGAGAAGUCCACUUCAUGAAGAGACUCUUCAAAGGUGAGCCGCUGUUUCCAAACCAGGACCGGCAAAGGCACUUUGAGUUUAUAAAUUACCCCAUCACCAAAAGGACUCAGAGAACACGCCUGCCCAAGAGGCAUCGGACCUAGACAAGCAAUGACUUUCAAUAUUUUUUAAAUAAGAUGUUCUAUUUUUUUAUACUUGGUUUUUAACGGUUAGACAGUG